CUCCGGCCAGUCUCAUACGGCGCGCGGCGCGGUGCGCGCGAACUAUAGAUUCGAUUUUCAAAUUGAUAUUUGAAAGCGAUCUCUUUUGACAGUUCAGUUUCCGCGUGGCCAGUGUUUAUGUGUUUGUGAAUGGUCAUCACGCAAAUAGUGCAGUUCAGUGGCUAUUAGCAGAAAUAGUGAUAAUUGUAAACGAAGAUGGUGAUGGAACCAGCACACUCGGGGCGGUUCUGGCCGCUGUCCCCGCGUCUAUGGCGCCGCAGCAACGAAUACUCGAAAGUGGUCUUCGAGAACCGACGACCUAUAAACGUACCAGUAGAAAUAAAAGAGAGCGACGACAGAAACAGUCUAGAGAUAUUCCCUGACUUAAUAAGGAACAAGAAGUUCAGAGACAGAGGAAGGAACAGUCUGGAACCUCUGAGCGUGGAUGUAGAAACGAGAUGUCAUGUGAUGAACGAUUUGAACGACCGACAGCGCUGGAGCGUGGAUGCGAAGAAGCCGCCCGUGGUCAAAGAUACUAGGAAAGCAGAUGAGGUGCAGGUGCGGAUGCGUGCGAAGAAGCAUCGGGAGCCGCGGCCGAACAGUCUGCAGCUGCUGCUCUGUCCCUCCAGCUCUGGACACUACAGCAGCAACACCUGGCGCUACACCAGAGUGCGCUCCAAAAGCCAUGAGCCGGAGGGCGGCGGCGGGCGCUGCGGGGGCGAAGGGCUAGCGCGCGCGAUGCAGUCUGCGCCCCCUGGUGGCUCGCCCAAGAGGCAACCCAACGCGCAGGGCGCCUCCACAACAACCGACCCGCUGACCCUAAAGGUCCACCUCCCCAAUGGCGGCUUCAACGUGGUACGCGCGGCGGCGGGUGAAGAAAGCGUGCGCUGUGUGCUGCGCCUGCUGGCGGCGCGCCUGGCCGCCGGCGAGCGCGUGUACGCGCACUGCUACGCGCUCAGGGCCAGGAAGCUCACUAGUGGGAAGAUCCGCUGGAUCCACCAAGACACUCCGGUCUCGGAGCUCCAAACGCGAUGGCCGGCGAGCGAGUGGCGCCUCGAGCUGCGCGUGCGCUACCUGCCCGUGAACCUGCGCGACCUGUGCGAGCGAGACAGAGUCACCUUCCACUACUACUACGACCAGGUUCGACACGACUACCUCAAUGCCAAUCACCCAGUGGACCAAGACCUGGCCGUGCAAAUAUGUUGUUUAGAAAUAAAAUACUUCUGCAAAGACAUGCAGAUCUCUAUGGACAAGAAGUCCAACAUCGAGUACCUGGAGAAGGAGUUCGGGCUGCACAAGUUCCUGCCCAAGUGCGUGCUCGAGCAGGUCAAGCCGAAGGUGCUGAAGAAGGCCAUACAGCAGCAGUUUAAGAAGGUGGCAAACCUAUCCGACACGGAGUGUAUGCUUCGCUACUUAGAGACGAUGCACACGCACUACGGCUACGACCGCGAGUCUUUCAGCGGAGCGCUGGGGUCGGGCUGGGCCAUCCCCGUCGAACUGGCCAUCGGGCCCGACAUCGAUAUAUCGUACGUGUCCCACAAGGCGGGUGAGCCUGCCCAGUACAGCAAGAUAGCCUCAUUUAGCGAUAUAGAAGCGGUGCAGACACUCAAGUCUAGCUGCACGCAGACUUCACAGACUCAGAGUGGGUCUUCAUGUGGCAAGGCAGCGUUGCAGUUGCGAGUGAAGGGAGCUACGGAAACACUUACUAUAACGUGCAGCAGUGUUGAGGCUGCAGAAAGUUUAGCGGAUUUGGUGGACGGAUACUGCCGACUAGUCACAGACUCACAGACCUCGCUGUGGAACAGACAAACGGAAAUGAGCAGCAGUUCCUCUGAAGGCAAGAGCUGGGAGGGGAACAACACGCUGCUGUCGCAGGACUACGCGGAGAUCGACUGCGACGACGCCGACUACUCCACGCCCGCCGUGCGAGAUUACGAGCUAGUCCGAAAUCAAAUCGAACUGACCGGCAUCAUAGGAGAGGGGCAGUUUGGCGAUGUACAUAAAGGCACAUGCCGAGUAACAUCCGCCAACCACCCCUCCUUGCGUCGUCAACUAGCCCUACAAAAGAAGAGCGGGGCGGCGGGGGCUGCGGGGGGUGCGGGGGGCGAGGGCGAGUUCAUACUGCGGGUCGCGGUGAAGACGUGCAAGAUGGACGCGGAUUUGGACACGGCGGAGAAGUUUUUGGAAGAGGCUUACAUAAUGCAGCAGUUCUCGCACCCUCACAUCGUGGGUCUAGUCGGGGUGUGCAGCUCGCCCCCGAUCUGGAUCGUGAUGGAGCUGGCCACGCUCGGCGAGCUGAGGGCGUACUUGCAGCAGAAUAAGCACAGAUUGGAGACCUGCACGCUGGUGCUAUACAUCUACCAGCUGUCCACGGCGCUCAGCUACCUCGAGAGCAAGAAAUUUGUCCAUCGAGACAUAGCCGCUAGGAACGUACUCGUGUCCACGCCUACUUGUGUUAAGUUGGCAGACUUCGGCCUCUCCAAGAUGGUGGAGGACAAGUCGUACUACAAGGCGUCGCGCGGCAAGCUGCCCAUCAAGUGGAUGGCGCCCGAGUCUAUCAACUUCAGGAGGUUCACGUCGGCCUCGGAUGUGUGGAUGUUUGGCGUAUGCAUGUGGGAGAUCCUCAUGCUGGGCGUCAAGCCCUUCAGCGGCGUGAAAAACAAUGACGUCAUAGGCAAGCUAGAGAACGGGUCUCGGCUGGCGCUGCCCCCGCGCUGCCCGCCGCGGCUCUACUCGCUCAUGUCGCGCUGCUGGGCCUACGAGCCCAGCCAGCGGCCCAAGCCCAGCCAGCUCAAGGAGACCGCAUAUGAGAUCCUACAAGAAGAGCGCAGCACGGCGUGGGACACCAUGCGGCGCGAGAACCGGCGCGUGACCGCCGCGUCGUGGGGCGACGAGCCGCCGCCCAAGCCGAGCCGGCCCGCUACUAACCUUACUGGCGUGGAAGCACCCCAAUCACCAGCGGCGGCCCCACAGACCUACAUCGUGGCGCAAAACCCGCUCGUCCUAGCUCAGCUCCUGCGCGAGAACCAAACCCGGGCCCUCGAACCGCAAGCCUACACCACGCCCGCCUCGAGUCCAGAGAUGGACACGGAGGCGGUGGUGGAGCGGCGACUGCUGGCCGAGCUCGCGAGACAGCAACACCAGAGCGAGGAGGAUAGACGAUGGCUGCAGAUGCAGGAGGAUAACUUGAAGAAGCGGCUCUCGAUCCAGUCGCCCUCGGACCUGCCCCCCGCGGCCCCCGCACCCCCCGCGCCCUCCGCCGACCAUCCGCAGUCGCAGGGGAGCAGCCCCGCCGGCACCGUGAAGAAUGAUGCGCCGCCGGUCAAGAGUGAAGCUAUGGCACUCCUGCACACCGCUGACGACCCGAUCUACACGUCCACGACAGAAGUGGUUCGGCGCGUGAUGAAACUAGCCUCUAUCGCGUGGGAGGCGGGCGCGCCGACGGGCGUGCUGGAGGCGGUGAAGGAGGUGGGCGCGGCGCUGCGGGCCCUGGCCGCGGGCGUGGACCUCACCACGAGGACCUACCCCGACACACACACCCGGGAAGUGGAGAUGGCCCACCAGGUGCUGAGCAAGGACAUGGCGGCGCUGAUCGAGGCGAUGCGGCUCGCCAUCCGCUACUGGGGCACCACGCUGCACCACGACUACACCAAGAGCAUGCUAGCAGCCGCACACGUGCUAGCGAUGGACGCUAAGAACCUUCUCGACGUGGUCGACAGCAUCCGCACUCGCUAUCCCGACGUGGACUGGCGCCGCGCCUUCCUCCCCGCGCCCUCCCCACCCCCGCUGAGCAACCAAUCAUCAGUCCUAGAGGCCACACACCCCCCUCUUAGCAACCAAUCAUCGGUCCUAGAGGACGAGGUCUUUGCCCCCAAACCAGACUUCAAGAUCAACCAACCAGUCACGACCACACACGCGCCCGAAUCGCCCAAAGAACACACCAGUCUGCCAUCCAAUAGGGUAUCAACACUGAUUCAGAAUUAUAACGUAUAUGGCAACGUGAAAGAGCAACAUAUCUACGGGAAUUCAGAAGUGGGAGGGUCCCACCAGAAUUCCACGUCGAGUGUUGAUGAGCCGAAGAUCGAUGAUGCCCCGAUGCAGUCGGUCAAGAGCCGUGUCCAAGCGCUGGCUAAAAUGGAAGCCCCGCCUAUUUACUCGGUGAGCAAGAAAAUCCCUAUUGAGCAGAACUCAGGGCAUUCGGAUCAGGGCUGAGGAGUGAAAGUGUUGUUUUCAGUUCGCUUGUAGAGGCAGUUUCGCUUGUCCGCCGCUAGGGGCGUGGCGGCUUCUGUAGUCACGGUCUGUUCGGGGUUUUACGGAUUAUUUAGUUUUUUUAUGAUUGUCGUAAUCAUACAUUGUGUAGGAUUUAUGUGAGAGUAUAUUAUGUAUUUCGUUUUAUACUAAACGUAUACUUACAUCAAAUAUGAAUACUUAAAUGUUAUUAUACCUACCGAAGACAUGUUGAUUUUUAAAUCAAGCACUUUUUUUCGUAUUAUACAAUUUGAUCAUAUUUUAUUGAUUAUUUCGAACAGACUGCCAGUCAUAAUGUUAGUAGCUGUAGUGUAGGUACUUACUGGGACGCUCAAGGGGUCUUAUAUGGCUACUUUAUAGUUUAAUAAUUUGGCCACUGAUUACAAUUAAGUGUCAAUUUACUACUGCACUAUAUACCUAUGUAAGGAACUAUACAAGACAUAUGGCAGUGAUCAAUACGCAAGUUUGAAUAGCCGCUUUCCUAUUUUUAAGUAGUGCGCAAAAUUGUAUAUUUAUUUCUAUAAAAGACAAUCAGUAUGGUUGCUCAAUUAUUCAUUGUAGAGAAAAUUAUAACAAAAUUAUUUUUAGGUCUCGAGCCAAAACUAUUCAUGUCAUAUUAUAACUAUAGCUGAUCAUUUAUGAAGCAUAGUUACAUACGGUUUGCAUUUUAAGUAAAAAAUUGACCAGUUUCUCAUUUGAGUAAAUAUUCCUUAGCGCAAACUUAGGUCCUGAUGAAGGUCAAUCCUGCAAUCAUUUAUAGCAGAAGCCGAAGGUUACUCAAAUCUCAUAAGUACUUACAUAUAAUUGAGAUAUAUUGUUUGAGGAAUCGUUUAUAAAUAAGCAACCACUUGGCAACCUUUUCAUUAAAUCAGACCGUAUGUACAAUAAUAUAUCUGUUUAAUACAUAUCAUCGUAUCAUCAGCAUUGUUUCGCUUCAAAUAGAUAUGUCCUGUUGUUCAUGUAUGAAAUAUGUAUGUCCAUUACUUAUACUAUAAAGAAUAUAACUAAAUUAUAGAACAUAACUCCAUAUUAAUUCAUUGUACCUUUGCAAACUUGCGCAUAGCUUAUAAUGUUCAUUACAUUAAUUUUAUACCUGUUAUCAUCUACUUUCGAUGUCCAUAAAACUAAAAGAAACUGAUUUGAUAUGGAAAUUAAUAACAUUGAUUUGUGAUACUAUUGCCAAUAAUAACUAAUACCCAUUGAUUGACAAUGCAAAAUAUUAAUUAAAACUAAGAUUAACGGAAUGGUAUGCUCCAACUUAAACAUGGUAAUUACAAGAUUAUUCAAUUCCAGAUGGCUAAAAUAUGUACUUAAAACCCCAUAAAUAUAAAACAAUUUUGUAUUCAAAAUGCAUUUAACGAUAAUUCAAUUAUUAUAGUAAUCAAUGGGAGUGGAGUGUACCACGCACAGUAUUUGAAAUUGCACCUAUUUCAUAAGUCGAUUAUUUUCAUACAAAUUUUAUAUUUUUGCUGUAACAGUAAUAAUUACAGGUUUUUAUACCGCGAGUCGCGUAGUUUAAUUAUGUAAGCGUAAUGUGUAUUCGAUUAUUAUGCUGUCGAAAUCUUCCAUUUAAAAUAGUCACCCCUUAAUCUUGGUUGAAUUGUAUUAUGGACAAUUUUACACAAAGUAUUAUUGGAAAUCUUGAAUUGUAUUAUUGCAAGUAUAUCGUAUGUUAAUUUGUUUCGUGUCUAUGGUGCGUACAUGGUCACAACCUCUUCUAACUUUGCAUUUACUUUAAACAUUCUGUCUCAGUAUUUCUUUGUGUUUCCGCUAACUUACUACUUACUUUUUUUGUAAAAAUGUACAAACGGAUUUUAUUUUAAUUUUUAUAUCCAAAGUUUUUAUUGUAAGCUUAGAUCUCAGAUGAAAAAUCUAGCGAUUUAGUGCGUUCUAAUGAUUAGUUGUGUAUACUUAAUUAAAAAUCAGAAUUUACUUAUUUAUUGAUCUUUCUUUGUACUUGUUUAAUUUGUAAAGAUACUUUCCUGUAAUGUUUAGUGGUUAUUUUAAGGGAUGUCAUUCCAAAGUCGACGAUAUUGUAAACAGAGUGUAGUCUAAACCAAGUAGAGCGCUGAGAUUAUCUUCACUGUAUUAUUAUAAUUGAUGACCUGGGUUUAUUUACGCAUUCAACUGAAUAAAGGACAAGUCAAUAA